AAUUAUCAUUAAAAUAUUAACCAUACAUAUACUUACAUAUGUAUACAUAAAAUAUAAAAUAUUGGUAUUUCAUCUUUGCUGGCACCAUGCGACCGAAGCUAUGCAUGUACAUGUUCCCUCAUCGAAAUUUGUGUGCAAACAGCUCUGUAAAACCACCAAAAUGAGAAGCUAUUGCUUGCAAUGGGUGGCGUGAAAUGUAUUUAGAUAUUAAUUGCCAAACAUAAGCAAUGUGCAGUCUCCACUGGCAAUAUUGCUAGCGAAUCAGAUUUUUAGCAAUCUUUAGUUGCCUGUCGAGAUGGCCCGCCACUUUGGCUGUGGUGAUUCUGAUAGCUCGAUGUCUAAUUAUCGCUAAGUUGAAAAUAUCGAUAACUUAUUGGCAUUUCUAUCAAAUAGCCACAACAGCAUAGUUAUAUAUAAGUACGAUAUUUAAUUUAACGUGUUUUAGAACCAUUAUUACUUCUUGUAAUGACGGCGUUUGUGAGAAUUAUGUGGAAAUAUUUAAGUAUUUUGUUGAUAUUAAACGUAAAAAAUGUUUGGUCCUUUUAUUUGCCUGGAUUAGCACCUGUAAAUUAUUGCGUUAAAUCUGAAUCAUCGAGUUCCUGCAAAUCAGAAAUAGUCCUAUAUGUUAAUCGACUAAACACAGAAGAAUCCGUAAUCCCGUAUGAGUAUCAUCAUUUCGAUUUUUGUACUGGCAAUGAAAAGAACUCACCUGUUGAAAAUUUGGGACAAGUCGUUUUUGGAGAACGAAUUAGACCAGGUCCUUAUAGCAUUGAAUUCUUAAGGCAAAUUAAUUGCGAAUUGGUAUGUACUAAAAACUAUACUGGCGACAAUCCAGAAAGUGAUCAUCGCAUCAUGGUGCUUAAAAAAGGGAUAAGUUUAAAUUAUCAACAUCAUUGGAUUGUUGAUAAUAUGCCUGUGACUUGGUGUUAUCCGUUGGAUAAUGACAAACAAUACUGUAGCACAGGAUUCCCCAUGGGUUGUUUUGUCCGACCGGAUAGCGAUGAAGCCUGUCUUGUUAAUCCAAAUUAUAAUAGACGUGGAUUUUAUUACAUUUUUAAUCAUGUAGAUCUGCGAAUUACCUAUCAUAGCGGACAACCUGAAGAAGGCGUUGGAUUUCAUGGAAAUGGGGGCCGUAUUAUUUCUGUUAAAGUUAUACCUCGUUCGAUUAAUCACAUAAGCUCUUCAAAGAUAGACUGUGAUAAUACCGAUCCACUUGCUUUAAAAAGCAAUUCACCAAUUCGAGGAGAGCACCUGUCAAUUUCUUAUACAUAUAGCGUUCAAUUUAAUAUGGAUAAUUCAGUUAAAUGGUCAUCACGCUGGGAUUACAUACUAGAAUCAAUGCCACACACUAAUAUCCAAUGGUUCUCUAUCCUCAACUCUCUUAUUAUUGUACUAUUUUUGUCAGGAAUGGUGGCCAUGAUUAUGCUACGAACACUACAUAAGGAUAUUGCACGCUAUAAUCAAAUGGAUAGUGGAGAAGAUGCGCAGGAAGAAUUUGGUUGGAAAUUAGUACAUGGUGAUGUAUUUAGGCCACCAAGGAAGGGCAUGCUUUUGUCAAUUUUUCUCGGAUCCGGUGUGCAAGUAACUUGCAUGACUGUAAUUACAUUGGCAUUUGCUUGCUUAGGUUUUCUUUCUCCAGCAAAUCGGGGAGCAUUAAUGACUUGCUCGAUGGUUUUAUUUGUUUCAUUUGGCACACCGGCAGGAUAUGUAUCAUCGCGAAUUUACAAAAGUUUUGGGGGAGUUAAAUGGAAAAGCAAUGUAAUUCUCACUUCCGUUGUAUCUCCUGGGAUUGUAUUUGGGCUUUUUUUCGUAAUGAAUUUAGUCCUUUGGCACGAAGGUAGUUCAGGCGCGGUUCCAUUCAGUACACUUGUUGCUUUGCUUGGCCUCUGGUUUGGAGUAUCAGUGCCAUUGACUUUCGUCGGAGCUUACAUGGGAUUUCGAAAAAGGAAUUACGUUAUUGUUGUUAUAAUUGUUUAAUGAAUGAUUGUUGGUAGCGUCACAACAACAAUGGUAACAAGGUUAUCAAUCAAUUAUCAAUAUUGGGUACAGGUCAAAUAUAAUACUUUUUUUCUUGGUAUUGGACCAAACUAAAUAUGUAAUGUUAUUAUGCGUUCCUUUUCUUGGUAUGAGAAUUUUUAUACUUUCUGUAUAAAUCUUUUAAAGAAAAAAAAGCGAAAAAAAUUAUAAUUUGGAAAUUUAAUUAAGAAAUUUUUUGAAUCAUUAUUUAUUAUUUUAUCUGCACCAUAAGUGUUCUGUUAAUCAUAAGUUCAACCAUAUCCUAAAUGAUGCAUGCUAUGUGCAUAUAUAAGUUAAUGGCGGUUAUAAAAUAGCUAUUUUGUUGAAACGUACUCCUUUAAUUUAUAGUUUUAUACAUGUAUAAAAGUCCUCAUAAGAAGAUACAGGAGACGCUUAAUCACAUUCACAACUGUAUUCAAAAAUUGGUACCUUAAUUUUUUUUACCAAGUUUCAUACUAUAAUUAAUAUAUUUUUAAUAGAACGAAUAUAGUAGCCGAUUCAAAUAAUAUUUAUUAUUUAAACUAUUAUCCAUUAGUCCUUCACAAUUGGGGUGGUAAUUCGAAAAUUCGAAGUCAAGUAACAUAAUUCGAUUUUGGAGGCUAGCAUCAGUGUGAUGCGACCAUAUAAGAUAAGAUUUUCUAUCUUGAUUUCAAUAACUAACUAGAAAGAUAGCUACAUUUACGAGGAGUUAACCCAACUACCUGAUAAGUUUGAUCUUUCAAAGAUUUUUAAUUUUUCAUUAUUACAAUAAUACUGUUGAAAGCACUGAUUAAAUACCUGUAAAUGUUGUUAUUCUCCAUUAUGAUCAUUUUUAUAACGCUUUUAUUAUAAUAAUAAAAAAAAAUAUAUAUAUAA